AUGUCUACAACUCGUUCUCAUCGGAGGAAAAAUAGUCACCUUUUCUCACAAAGGAAGAACUCUGAUUCAACCGAUAUGUCAAUUGAGCUCAAUUCGUUUUCAUACCCUAAUCCUAAUGAUAUUGAAAGCCAACCAAGACCAGAAGAGCCAAAUCCAGUACCGCAAUGGAGUUUUAGAAAUCGGAAAGUUCCCAAGUUUACAUUCAUGGCCAUAGCUAUUUCACUUAUGUUGUCAUUCUUUUUACUCAUUCCAAUGUACAAGACCACUAGUGUUGCAAAAAAUGACCCAGUACCGCAUAAAGAUGAUCAGACAUCUUCCAAGAAGGCAUUUACAAUUAAAGAGGUGCUGAAUGGUGACUUCUUAAACAGCGAGAAGGCAUUUCAUUUUAUCAACCCUUCAAGUUCAAUAUUACAUCAUGAUGAAGAUCCGGGGCUCUUUCUCACCACUGAAACUGAUUCGAAUGACCAAACGAGAUUUGUCGCAAGGCAAUUAUAUGACCCAGGGUUUAGUGAAAACCUGGGUCCUAAUCAUUUCUCUUAUGAAGGUUCCGAUCACGUUGUUCAGAAGGUUCAAGUGAAUUAUCGACUCGAUAGAAUGAUAAUGGGAACCAAUUUGGAGCCUGAAUUUAGACAUUCUUCGAAAGGUUAUUACUGGCUUAAGGAUUUGGAACAAGGCACAAUGAAACCGAUCAAACCUGAAAGCUCAAUGGACCUGACCUUGAUAUCGUAUGUUCAUUUCUCCCCGGGAUACAAUUUCAUCUAUUUUGUUUGGGAGAAUAACCUUUUCAUCCAGAACGUUUACAGUGGGGAGUCUGCUAGUCAGAUCACAUUUGAUGGAUCUGAGGAUGUGUUCAAUGGGAAACCCGAUUGGGUUUACGAGGAAGAAAUCAUGGCCACUGGCCAGACCGUUUGGUGGUCUCCAGAUGAUACCAAGAUGAUUUUUGCAAGGUUUGAUGAUACCGAGGUCGAAUCUUAUUACCUGAGUAAGUAUACCACCAAUAGUGAGUAUCCGCCUAUGUCGAGCAUCAAAUAUCCAAAACCCGGUACUUCAAACCCAAUGGCCAAACUUUAUUUGUUUAAUUUGAAUGAAGGUGUCCUAUAUCAACUAAGCGAUCUAGCAAUAGAUGACGAAGAACCUGUCAUAACAGAUACAAUACUCUACAAUGGUGUCUGGCUCAACUCUGACUCAUUCAUUUUCAAAAUCACUGAUCGCACAUCAAGGAGGAUGGCCAUAAAGGUUUACAACGCAAAGCAGAGUAGUCUCAAGACCGUACGUUCCAUAGAUUCGGCUUCGUUUGAUGGAUGGUUCGAAAAGUCUAAAAACAUACUAUCGAUUCCACCUAAUGAAGUGAGCGGCCGAGAAGGAUAUGGGUAUGUUGAUAUACAAGCUGACGCCGAUGGCUUCAACCAUCUAUUUUACUUCAAGUCUAUCGAAGACGCCCAAGGUACACAACUCACAAGAGGUGACUGGGAAAUAACUGACACAGGUAUUGUCGGCUUUGAAUACGAUACAAACACCGUUUAUUUCACUGCUAAUGAGAUAGAUCGCAUGUCGCAGCAUCUGUACAGUGUGUCUAUUGAUCCUGCAGAGGAAGCUCAUUUGAAAAUCUUGCAGAACGCUGAUGCCAAGGAUUUCUAUCACUUUAAGUUGAGUUCAAGUGGUAGAUACGCUCUGAUGAAAAUGCUGGGUCCAGAAGUUCCUUACACAGCUGCUGGGCUUCUACCAGAUCUGCUUGAUUUUAGGAAGGUGGAUCAGAAACGCGUUUUUGAAAUUACUGACAACGCUAAGCUAAAUGAAUCGUUGGAAAACCUUGCUUUACCAAUCAAAAGUCAUAAAACUAUGUCAACUGAAGACGGCUUGAUUCUUGAUUAUAUUGAAAUAAAACCAGCUCACAUGGAUCCAAAGAAAAAAUAUCCACUUUUGGUGAAUGUCUAUGGCGGACCAGGGUCCCAGACGUAUACGGAGAAGUUCAAUGUGUUUUUUGAAGAAGCUGUAUCUUCAGGUUUAGAUGCGAUUGUCCUUCAAAUCGAACCCAGGGGCACUGGUGGAAAAGGCUGGAAAUUUAGAUCUACCGUAAAGGACAAGAUAGGCUAUUGGGAGCCGCGUGAUAUCACCAUGGUGACCAGAAACUUUAUUCAACACAACGAGGCUAACAUUGAUAAAAACAAAACUGCUAUUUGGGGUUGGUCAUAUGGCGGUUACACCUCUUUAAAAUCUGUGGAAUAUGACCAAGGCGAAACCUUCAAAUAUAUGAUGGCUGUUGCUCCCGUAACCAAUUGGACUUACUACGACUCCUUCUACACAGAAAGGUACAUGAACGAACCAUCAGACAACGUUAAAGGAUACAGUGACAUUGCACCGGUUCAAGACUUAGAUGCAUUUAGCAAGUUAGAUCGCUUUCUAAUUAUGCAUGGCUCAGCGGAUGAUAAUGUGCAUAUUCAAAAUACAUACCAAUUCAUUGAUGGGCUAGAUCUUCAGGGGGUGACAAACUACGAUAUGCAUAUAUUCCCAGAUUCAGACCAUUCUAUCCGACACCAUAAUGCCCAAAGAAUAGUGUUUGAGAGGCUUUACUCCUGGCUGAGUGAUGCUUUCUCUGGUCACUUUCACACUAAUAAAGUUUCAUGA